AUGAACAUGCCAUGCUAUAGUGUGCCCAAUCUCAUUGUGGAGAACGCAGCCGUAGGAGAGCAUGCGUCCAACCCCAAAUUCCCUUUCUUCCUCACCUUGCUCCAACCCGUAGCUGCCAAAAUUAAGAUACAUUCAGAAGAGCUUUUGGAGGAAUUUGAAGUGAAAUCGUUUGCGAUUUCCUGGGAUAAUUUCCAAGGUGGAUCUCAUUUCAUUGAAAUUUACAGAGAAAAGGUCGAGAAAUCUAGUUUGGAGGUACAUUUCCAGGAGAUUUGA